GGUUUUUCACAAGUGUUUCACGCAGUGCAGAGUGGACUAUUUGUAAAUAAAUAUUGGAAUAUUGUAAAUAUCGUAGUCUCUUGUAUUUUAGAGGCUUCAGUUGUGUUUUACAUUUUUGUGAAAGUGUUUUAUGGAUAAGGACAGUUUAUUGGUCAGGAUAUAAACCCUUUGAGGGUAAAUCAUUAUGGUGAUGGAAGCGAACCCGAUCGCUGGAAAGCAUACAGAUGAUAGAGUACACAGUGCGACACUAAGGCCGCGAGCCGGCGGUGACGUCAUCACACAGGAGAGGUCUGUCAGCAGUCUAGACCUCACCAUGCCCUACACAGCUCCUUCCAAUCUGGUCCUCACGCCUGCGCCGGAAUGUCGAAAGCUGUCGCGCGGCAUAUCGCGGGCGACUGACAACGAGGGGCUGGUGUGGGCACUGCGGAGCAACACGGACCCCGAACCCAACACCCUCAGCUCCGACCACAUACUGCUGCUGCCCGACAUAUCCGUCUAUCCGCCUGACUUCAGAACAUUCAUUGAGAAGGAUCUCCUAGAAACAGCAACACUGGUGACCUUAGAAUCAGCUGGUAUCCUCAACUGGUGGCGACACGGGCGAGUGCCGGGUGCUCCCAGGUUGCUACCACUAGCGACGUCUGGUGAUGGCAACUGUUUACCUCACGCCGCGUCUCUGGCCGCGUAUGGCUUCCAUGACAGGCUACUGGCGCUACGGACCAAGGUGCAGGCGUUGCUGUGCGGGGAAGGCGGCGAGACGCUUACAAACGCAGUGAAACGCCGCUGGCGUUGGUCAGAGAGCGUGUCCCUGCGCUCGGCGGGGCUGACCCCGUCCGAGGCGGAGUGGGAGCGCGACUGGCAGGACGCCGUGCGGGCCGCCUCGGCCGAGCCCCGCCCGCGGCCCGCGCCCUCCGCCGCGCCGCACUACGCCGGCCUGGAGCAGCUGCACGUGUUCGCGCUGGCGCACGUCAUGAGGAGACCUGUCAUCGUCUUCGCUGAUGUCGCUCUUAGGGACUUCCGCGGCGACCCGAUAGCGCCCAUCCCGUUCGGCGGCAUCUACCUGCCCCUAGAGCUGGAGCCUGAGGCGUGCAGCAAGGCGCCCAUCCUGCUGGCGUACGAUGCGGGGCACUUCUCAGCGCUGGUACCGUGCGAGCCACUACCCACUGACGGAGCCAGGGUGCCGCUUGAAGACCACACUGGGAACCCUAUGCCGAUCAGAUUCAACGUAGACCCCGGCGAAGACUUCCGUUGGGACAUAGAACCGGACCAGAAAACGAUCAACAACUUAUUACCAGACGAAUACCAACGUUCCGCUAUGCUAUCCGCCUAUUUAGACCUCGAACGGGUCGAAUGCAUAUCGAACAGCCAACCUCCUGAGGAACUGAGAAGAUCCUUAGACGCGUUAUCAACUAAGAGCUCUAAGCAGUUGAAUUCUGUAGCGAAGCAAUUCGGAAGUAUUGGUCGGUCGAUGAGUAGUAAACUGAAGAAGAAUUUUGGUUCGAUGGCGAAGUUGACGGGCAAGAGUAGCGGGAGCCAGAGUAACCCCGAGGAAGGGCUGGCGAGACGGCAGUCCACGUGUGAGGUGUUGUGUUGUAGGGUGCUCGCUGCGAGGGCGCCCGUACAGGAAGAGAUGGUCAAGAACUACUUAAAUGAGGCGUGGAUCGGUUACACAGCAGAGAAAAACCGCACGGAAACAUCGCCUAGCCAGCCCCGCUACGGCACCGGUCGCUCGCAGUUCUACGCGGAGGCCGACCGGGCCGCACACGAGGUCGCGAGGACUCUUACGUCCAAACCUGCCAGACCUGCACUCGACAGGACGCUCUACCUGUCCAAGUCCACGUUCUAUGACGAUCGUCCGCCGUCACCGAAGCCGUGCAGAGCCCCGCUUUGCAUGUACUACGGGAGCCCCGCCAACAACGACUACUGCUCCCGAUGCGCGAGGCUACAGUGAGUGCUUCCAGAGUUUAGUUUGUAAAGAUCUUAUUAUUCUGUGUUAAAUUAUGAAUCGUCACUUUCGACUAGUUUAUACCUCUUUAAUAUUAGCUAGAUCAGAAUGACAGCUGAACGAACAAUACAAUUUCUUGAUAUAUCAUAUCAAACAGUUUUACUGUCUCUUUUACACUUGACUGUAUUAUAUAUUUCUGUCCUGCUGUCGUUCUAAUCAAGCUAUUUUAGUGAGGUCUAAUACAGUGUGGUUCGAUACUCUAUAUAGAUACCGUCAAAUUGUAGGUAGUAUAUGAAGCUACUUGAAGGCUACAUCAUACAAAGGACGUAAGACAAGAAAUGUAAAUUGUUGACAGUAUAUCAAUUCUUGUAUUACUUUGCUUGUUUUUAGUAUUUAAAGCUUAUAAUAUAUAUUUUCAUGUCCGGCCAGAAAUGAAAACUUAUA